AUGGUAAUUAAAAGAGUGAUGUUGUUGUUGAUAGUGAAUAUGAUCAUAAUAAGUGGAGUGUGCAAUGGUGAGGUCUACAAAGUUGGUGAGUCUUCUGGUUGGACAAACAUUGCUCCUCUGCACUACAAAUCUUGGGCUGCUUCUAAGAAGUUUCGUGUUGGUGACAUAAUAUUGUUUGAGUACAACAAACAAUUCCACAAUGUGGUCCGAGUGACGCACAAGAACUUCAAUGCUUGCAACUCAACAUCCCCUUAUGCUACAUGGGCUACCGGCAACGACUCCUUCACCGUCACCCGACCUGGCCACUUCUACUUCAUUUGCGGCUUCCCCGGCCACUGCCAUUCCGGUCAGAAGGUUGACAUCCGAGUCCCGAGAGACCACGACCACGGCCCUACACCAGGCCCAUUACCAUCAGGCCUAUCUCCUCAAAGCCCACCAAUAUCAGGCCCAUCUCCGAGAAGCCCAUCAUCAGUUCCGCCAGUGCAGUCUCCCACAAGUGGUUGUUCUUCUCUCACUUCAUGGAAGCUCUGGGCAUUAGUUGUAGCAGUUGGCCUUUCAGCCGCAUUUUAGAUGUGUGUUAGGGUUUUUUAUUUAACAUGGGGGGAAAAGAGGAAUUGAGAAGGAAGUCUA